UUUAGUGCAGGAUGCCAGCAUAACACUUUAUCAAUUUAUUUUAUUUAUCACUAAAAUAAAAAUAGACUCUUAUCUUCCACUAUAUAAAAAAAAAUCCAGAGAGUUUACAUAAAACAUCUGGAGUUCUGGCUGGCCUGAAGACUCUGGCCACACGAGGCCCUUGUUUUCCCAAGGCAGCCAUGGGCUGGCGCUGAGUCGAAACUGGGGGGCUUUCCAAUUCACCGCAGUCCUCACCACCCCCUACUGCCUCCUGCCUGGCUGCCUUCCUUCUUCUGUGUGCCUUGUCUGGGCCCCGGAGUCGCCGGAGUUUGUAGCCCCUGAACUCAGAGCUGGCACCGUGCAGACUCAGGGAGACUGAAGCUGGAUUUCCGCUCUUCACCACCUUUAUGCUCAUUUUGGUUUUUUUGGUGGAAAUACAAAUUUGGAGGGGAUUGUGGCUUGAGGAAUGGUUAAGAGUGUGGACACAGGAGUCAGAGAGCCUCGAGCCACCUCUGAAGAAUGGCAUCCCCUCUCAGUGCCUCAGUUUCCUCCUCUGCCAAUGGGAGUAGUGAGAGCUGCCGCUCCUCAUUUGCAGGAGUCUGUGAGUUGUUCCCGUGAAUGCUGGGCCCACGGCUCAGGGCAGGGUCAUGCCAGGAAAACUGCCCUGGGAUGACCAAAACCCUCCCUUCCAGAUUUAGGGUUUUCAGUUCCCGGGCUUCUAAGGGAGCGAAGGGAAGAGGAAGAAAAGGAGGGAGGAGGUGGGCAGAGCAGAGGACCUGCCUCUGCCAGAAAGGAGGAAGAAGUGGACUGACAGGCCUGGCCUGCUUGGAUUCCGCGGCCUGCCCCGAGAGCUCGGGGCUGAUAAGAACCAGCCAAACUCCAGCUGGGCCGCCCCACCCUCCUCACCAGACCUUCCUGGGCGUCUGGAAUCUGGGACCCUGACGCCCGCCCGCGCCCUGUGCCCAGCCUCCACCCUGAGUCCCCUGCUCAAGUGCCUUUCCCAGCAGUGGGGACUCGAUGGGGAGAAGGAUGGGAAGCCUUUCCCGUCACGGGACCCCACACGGGAGACCAGAGAAGGGGCUUGGAAGGGGCCUCUGAACACAUUAGUGCCCCGCCCCCCGUCCCGGGAAGGAGCCCUCGAACGGGGCGCUAGGGGCAAACGGAGCCCUCGGGGGCUCACCCUGGGAUGAACGGGGUGGAUGGAGGGCGAGUUUCCUGGUGAAACAGGAGUGGCUCCCCACCCGCAGGUGGUGGAGACAAGCUACGUGGCACAGGUUCACACGGCGGCUUUGAACUCAUCCUGUUCACGGUUGUGCGACUUUGGGCAAGUGGCGUCACCCGUCCAGCUUCAGUUUCCCCAUCUGCCCUUGCACCGGCCUCAUGGGAUUGUUAAGGGUAAAUAAUCUUGUGCCUAUCACGUGCCCAGCACAUAGUAGGUCCAAUAAUUGGGCGCUACUAUUGUAAACUGACUUGGGGAGUCCCAGGACAGCGUUGGGCAGAGGACUGAAAAGCGCCUGGAUCCGGAGUCCAGAAAAGUGAAGAGGGUCAGUCGUCUGAACUCUCCAGAGGCGCCAAGGGCCACGCGGUCGGCGAGGGCGGCCCGGGGCCUGCUGGAAGCCGGAGGAGCUAAGUGCAGGACAGGGUUUGGCACAAAGAGCAGACAUUUCCCCUGUUCCCAGGAUGCCCGGCGGGGCCCUCGGAGCUUCCCUGGGGCCUGAUCAACAGCCAAGGGUGAGGUGCAGGGGGUGGGGCGGACAGUCCCUGCGGCCAGAGGCUCCUUCCCGACUCUGCCCCUUCCUAGCUGCGUGACCUGUGUGUCUUGGCCUCAGUUUCUCCACCUAUAAAAUGGGGGCCACAGUAACACCAGGCUUAUAGGUUUUGAGGAUAGAAUAUAUGGCCGUCAGCUGGCACUCAGUGAAUGAGCGGAAGUCACAGCCACAGCUGGAUUAAGGGGUCGGUGGAGGAGUUGCUGACUGCUCUCGAGUUCUUCCCAGGCGCGAGCCCACGCCAGCAGCCCAUCCACGGCCCCUGGAGGCAGGGGCUCCUCCACCAAGUCCCUGGCCAGAGCAGAGCCGGAACAUACCGGGGAUUUGUUCAGGAAAUGUGUGAAUCUGGACACCCUGUGGGGUGCACAGAGAGGCCAAGUAACUUGUCCAAGGCCACACAGCCUGCUGGCCUGCCUGGAGUCCCAGCUGGAACUGGGCCUGAACGGAACUGCCCUCGGUCUGACCUUGCUCUGCCCCUUGGCCUCGCUGAUGCCCACUGUCUCCCUCUUGACCACCCCCUCCAGUCUUCCUCCACCUGGCAGAGCGGGCACAGGGAGCUCCCUCAGGCUCCCCCAGGGACGGUCCGGCACCCACUGCCCUCGGCAAGGACACUUCUUGCGCUUCUCCCCACGGCUCAGCGGUCAGGAGCUCACUGUCUCUGGGCCUCGUCUGGCCUCAGAUGUGUCCUGUGUGACUUCACAUACUGUUUGUGUGUGUGUGCAUGUGUGCAUGUGUGUAGAGGCCUUUUCCUCAUAAUUUUGAAUCAUUUGCCAACAUUUACAAAUUGGAGGUUUCACGUAAAAACCAGGAUUUCCAGCUUCCUUUGGAAAGUCGGCAGCUCUGGCCACCCGGGCCCACUUCCCUCUGGUCAGCUGGAGCAGGGUCUGGCCCCUCUGGUCCCCGUGUCCCAGCCCGGCCCGCCUCACUCAUCUCUGGGGACCUCCUCGCAUAGAGGCCGCAGGCCACCCGCUGUCCCGGCCGCGCUGGCUCCUCUGUGUUCUCGCUCCUGCCGCCUGGGGUGCCCUCGGGGAAGCUGGAGGGCUGGGCGGGAGCCGGGCUUUCGGUUCAUGGCAGGCAGAACGAUGGCUUCCCAGAGAGGUCCACCACUCAGUCCCCAGAACCCGUGAGUAUGUCACCUUAUGUGGCAAAAGGGACUUUGCAGAUGUGAUCAAGUGAAGGGUCUCGAGAUGGGAAGUUACCCAGGACUAUUGGGGUGCCCCCUGUCAUCACAGGCCCUGACGAGAUGGAGGCCGGAGGGUCGGAGGCAGAGGAGAUGUGAGGAUGGAGGCGGAGGCUGCGGUGACGGGAGCCCAGGAAGGUGGGGGCAUCUCAGAGCUGGAAAAGGCAGGGACUGGGCCCCCGGCGGGAGCUUGGGCCUGCGGACGCUCCGAUUUCAGCCUCGUGAGACCCACUGGAACUGUCACAGAGUACACCUGUGCUGUUUCAGCCACUACAUUUGACAUAAUUUGUUGUAGCAGCUACGGGACCCUUAGAACAGGGUUUGCAUCCGGCUUGGCCACUGAACCGGCCACGUGCCCCGGGGCAGGCGACACGUUGCUGAGUGGGGGUUUCCCGUCUGAAAAGGGGCGACACGGAGCCCCUCUGGGGCCUUCGUGAGUUAGGUCAACGACGCGGUGAGCACAGAGGCCACGACUGGUGUCACCCUUGUGUCCCUCUCAGUGUCAUUGAAACCAACUCAGAGCAGGUUUAAAACCCGCCCGCGGCUGCCCAGCCCUCCAGGAUAAGAGCCUCAACCUCUCACUACGGCCCUGCGGGGUCCGCCCUCCCGCUAACCACAGUGCUGACGCCGAGAAGCAUUCACCACGUGCCAGACGCCGGGCUAAGUGCUGACCACGUACACAGUGAAUUCAUUUUGUGCUCACAGCAACCCUCUCAUUUUUCCCAUUUUUCAGAUGGGGAAACUGAGGCCCAGAGGAUUAAAUCACUUGCCCGGGGUCCCUUGGAAGGAUGGUGGCUAAGCCGGGAUUGGAAUCCACAUAUUUGGGCCUCGGGCGCCAGCCACUGGGCUGGGCUGCCUCUGCAUAGGAACAGCCAAGGGAACAGCACUGCGGGCCCCAGAGUGCAGCCCAAGACUCAGUGUCACGGCGUCCCCUCCACCCCUCGCCUGUCCCGGGUGGGCUCCUGGCCUCGAGGCCCCGAGGGUCGCGGCUCCUGGUUCAGGGCUGUGUGAACCCACGGGUGUGCCUGCUCCGUGAACAGUUUCCAGCAGGGGUCUCUCUGUGCCGGGCCCCGGCUUCCAGAGCAAACGCAGACCCUGUCCCCAAGAUCCUGAGGACAGACGCGCGCCCGACUGUCAGAGCCAGCGAGGGACAGCAGGGACCGGGGUGGCAGGCUCCCCAAGAAGGGGCAGGCGAGGGAGGCCCCAGAAAGUGUUGCUGUUGGCACAGCCUAAAGACCGGGAGAUGCUCCAAGUGCUGGACAGUCCGGGAAGGCGCCAGGCGAGGAGUUGUGGGCGGGAGGGCCGCGUGUGGUCAGGCGGCCCAAGUGCUGCGGGGAAGGGCUUGGCCUUCGCUGCCCCGUGGCCUCUGGAAGCUCUCCCCACCUCGCCGGGCCUCAGAGUCCUCAUCUGCAAAAUGGGGACAAUGACGGUUCCCGUCUCCUAGGGUUGUCCUGAGGACUCAGGGCAUCAACAUGUGGGAAGAACAGAGCCUGGCGUGGGGACGGCUGGGAGGCCACUCGACACUGCAGGAUCCUUACAAACAAGCAGCAUCCAGUCGCCCGGACUACUCACUCCUUCCACUGCCAAUCAGCUCCCGGGAUGUGGGGGCCUGGGGCCUGGGGCCCUCCCAUCCACAUCCACGGGGCCCCCCGGGCGUGGCAGGUGAGGAAUGGCAGUCUGCCGGGAUGCCGGGAUGUCGCGCCGAGAGGCAGGUGCCUCCAGCAUCCCCACCCGGAACCCAGACCAGCACCCGCCCUCCCCCGGCCCCCCAGCGUCAGGAGGUCUCGGCCAGCUUUCCCCCUGCAGACGCCUCCUGUCCUCUGGUGGUGACGUCUGUCCGUCCCUUGCUUCCCUCACUUUCUCCUCGCCUUGACCAUGCAUGAGCCACACCUGAUCCUCCAGUUUCUCUUUUUCAAACGCACCUUCAGACGUGAGAAUUCCUAAGCGUUUUUGAACACUUGUUCUGUGCCUGGCUCUUCCAUUGUUUCAUUCAUCCAUUUACUCAAUAAAUAGCCAGUGAGCACCUCCCGUGUGCCUUGGAGGUCAUCCGUAAGCCACAGAGGUCCCCGCCCUGGGGGGGCUCAUGGAGCACGGGUGAGAGAGGGAGAGGAGCAGAUAAUAAACCUGCAAAGUCCACCCACUGUGCUUUGCACACAGACUCUCUGAACCACAACCACAGCUCUGUGAAAUGUUGGGUCCCAUUUUCCAGGUGAGAAAACCGAGGCUCAGAGAGGGGAGGUGACUUGCGCAAAGUCACACAGCUAGGAAAUGGCCCAGCCAGGAUUCGAACGCACACCAGUCCGACUCCAGCGCCCAGGUGCUUCACCUGCCAGGAGGCUGUGCACCAGGUGAAAGGCUCUGGCCCAGCCCCGCCCACAGCCACCCUCCGCGCCAGCAGCGCAUCCCGGAGGCUCUGCCGGGUCCCAGGUCAGGAGCGUUGGUGCCCGGGACCCGGCUCACUCCUCCGAGUCCUCAGGCAGGAUGAGCUUGGCCCUCCCUCCCCGCAGCCUCCGACGGGGAAGGCCAAGUACACGGUCACUCUCUGGCCAGAGGCAGCGGGAACAGGACGUCCUGGUCCUCCUGCCCUGGACGUGUCCAGCGAGCUAUUUCUGGGCAAGCUUACUGACGGGACGUGGUGCCCGGCUGACUCCGCUUCGGGAGGGAGGCCGGAUGGCUCUGCUCUCCCAGCUCCUCGCUGCUCUGCGGCAGCCACCAUCCGUGUCCUGUCUACACCCCAGGCCAAGGGGGUAGCGAAAGCUGGCUGACUCUGGGAAAGGCGGGGGUCCCCAGUGGUGUGGACAGAUGCUGGAGUCACCUGGACUAAAAAUUUCCAAAAAUUCAGGAGCCGACUCGAGUCACCGGAGGCAGACCCAGGAUGAACACAAGAAUAGGCUUUGAGCUCAGACGCAGGUUCGAAUCCCAGGGGAGAGGGGUUGCCUUGGGCAAGCCAGGUCACCUUGCGGAGGCUCAGUUUCCCUGUCUGUAAAAUGGAGUUGAUGACAAUCCACACUCACAGCUCCAAGCCUGGCGCAGCGUGAGCGCUCGGUAAUUAGUGACAACUUUGCCGACAACGGUGGACAGACGGCGUUUGCUGAGCCGCCACUGGGCUGGAUCCCCGAUCUGCUUUGUCUCCUCUCGUCCCCCAGGAAGUGCGGGAGGCAGCAAGCGGCGCCGCCGGAGGCCGUCGUCAGCCCUGGGUACAGGAGAUCGGGGCUCAGACAGGCACGGGGCUUGCCCCAGAUCACACCGCGAUUUUGUGCCAGAAAAACCUGCCUUUGAGCUCAGACCACAAGAGGGGACGGGGCUGCCCUAAGGCCCAGGGCCAGACCCCGCGUGUCCCCUGCCUCUCCCUGGAGGAUGGUUGCACGGGUCCCAUAAACACCAGAGUCCCUGCCACGCCCUGUUCACCUCGGUCACCCCUCCGUCCCGGGAAGUGACCUCCUGGCCCUUGGCAUCAUGGGACUCCAGAAACCAAAGGUUCCAGAAUAUUCUCUUGAUCCUCCUCCUUCCCCUCAGGAUUACUUUGUUUUCCUGGUUCGGUGGCAAAAAAAUCUCCUAGAAACUGGCUGGGCUGACCUGGAGGGGAUGGGAUGCUGGGGGUCCCGGCAGCAAGAGGAGGGCAGGGGCUCCGACCCCUGUGCCACCUGAGGCCAGAGUGGAGGCGGUGCUUCCGUCUCGAGGUGCCCCCCGCGGCCCGCACCUGCUCGCGGCUCAGCCCGUGCCCCGAGGGGCGCUCCUUCCCCGGCUCCCGGGAGCGGCUCUUCGAAACACCUGCUCGUCUGCCUUUCCGGCCUCCUCUCCCACCCUGGAGCCCCCACACUGUCCUCCGAGAAGGCCCUGCUCACCCCGCGUCCAGGCCUCUGCCCCUGCUGUUCCCCGACCCGCGAGAUGCUCCCCUGAGAUUCACGACCCCUUCACUGUGGGGCCGUCCCAGAGCUGCCCCCUGGCCCCAACCAGCGCUGCCCCCGGCCCCCAGCUUGGGGCUGCCGUAGCGACAGAGAGACAUUGCUCCAAGAACUACAUUGUGCUCCCGACUGCAACUCCCAACGGGCGAGUUGACACCUCCACGUGGGUGCCACACAGACCCUCGAAUGCCACCAGCCCGAACCUUUCAUGUCCCCUCUUGCAAUCCCAGCUCUGCUCACCAGUCUCCUCGUCUCAGGAAACGGAGCCGCCCUUCACGGGAGCUCAGGCCGAAACCCGGGGGUGUAUUUGAUUCUCUGCAUCCCUGCCCCGCACACUGCACUGUCACAGGCCCCGCCGACCCCACUGCCAAAUACAGCCCAAACCUAUGUCCUUGUCGCCACCUUCACAGCCACCGCUAAGGUGCAGGUGGGCACCAUCCUCACCUGCCUGGUCUGUGACAACUGUCUCCUCCCAUCUCUCAGCUUCCAGCUCUGCCCCACUCCAUCCACAGCAGGAGGAAACUUUUUAAAAGGCAGAUUCAGUCAUGUCAUUCCCCUGCUCAAAACCCUCUAGGACUCCCUAUCCCUCUUACAAUAAAAAUCCUCCUCCUCACUGUGACUUUUAAGACCUUGUAUGAUCUGACCUUUGCCCAUCUCCCCAACCUCAUCCCUACCCGACUUCCCUCACUCACUGUGCUCCUGCCACACUUGCCUCCUCUGUGUUCCUGUCCUAGCCAGCUUGCUCCUGUCCCCAGGAAGAAACUUGCUGUUCCCUUCACCUGAACCUUCUACUACCAGACACCUGUCGGGCUCACUCACCUCAUUCAGGCCUCUGCUCAGAUGUCAGCUCCCCAGAGAAGACUUCCACGGCCCGUCCAUCUAAAGCACUCUCCUCCAUCAGCACCUGCGCCCUGCCUCCUUAUUUUCCUUCCCCAUAGGGGUUACUACUACCCGACGUAUUACGUGUUACCAAUAUAUUCAUUUUAAUCUAGUCGCUGCUAAAUGUUUCGUGACUGGCUCUCGGCCGGGGACAGCUCCGAGGUUCACAUUCGCCGACCUCUGUGGUGCGAAUAUUCUCAGCACGGCUUCCCUGACAGUGGAGACAAGAAGGGACGCCCGGUGCCACUUGCGCCAUAUGACACGCGGGUGUGCGGCAUGAAGCCACCGGGUCCCUUCUCCCCUCGAGGCCCGAAGAGUAGCGCACCUCUGCAGCCCUCGACAUGCGCCUGGCAGCCCAGCCUUCACAUCGGGUCUGACACUGCCUGACACGUAGGAGGCAGCGUGGAACAAUGUGGAAUAAAUGAAUGAACCAGCCCCACCUACCACCCAUCGUAUCUGUCUCUCCACGUACGAGGAGCUCUGCGAGGGCAAGGACCAAGUCUUGUUUCUAGUGCCUCUCAGUCCAGCAAGGGGCCUUGGCACAAAGGAAACAGUUGAGGACAAACCUGAGGUUCAGAGAGGCAAAGUCACUGACCCCAGGGCACACAGCCAGGAGGUGGAGGAGCCGAGAUUCGUGUCAAGAUCUGUUUAUUCCAGAUCCGAGUGAGUUUGACCUUCCUGGGCUGGCGGGAGCACCUGAGGUUUUGGGUCUUUCAACGCUUCCAGGUGAUUCUGCUGCACAGCCAGGCUGAGAGCCCUGAGGCCAACGCAGUGAGGGCUCGAGGGCUAGGGGAGCUGCAGACUCCUGCUCGCUCAGUCCUGUCUCUGACAUGGGGGUUUCAGGAGGCUGGAGGGAGCUGAGCAGAGCACUCACAGGUGCUAAGUGCUGGGGAACAUCCCAGGGGUGGCAUCAGCCUUGUUGUCCCCAGGCCGGUGUUGCGUCUGCCCCUUCCCCAGAUGCCCUGGGCGCAGACACUCUCCCAGCCUCUUUUGUGCCCAGAGACACGUUCUGCAGCAACACACGCGUGCACAGACGUGCGACCCAGCAGACCGCCAGCGAGCCAUUCAUGUCGCAAAAGGCAGGAGAUGACCCACAGUGGUGACGGUGGAUGUGAGUUUAGAGCAGGGUUUCUCCCUGAGAACUGUGGACAUUCAGGCCGGAUCAUUCUGUGUAGUGGGGCGUCCUGCGCACUGUAGGACGUUUGGCAGCACCCCUGGCCUCUUCCCACCAGAUGCCAGUGGCGUUUCUCUUUCCCCCAGUUGUGACAAUAAAAGAUGUCUCCAGACAUUGUCCCCUGGGCACAAAAUCACUCCGGGCUGAGAACCCCUGUCCACAGCCUGCUCUGUGCAGGUGCUGGAGCCCGUGCUGUCCAGAGCCCCGCUCCUGGACCCGUCACACCUGGAGACGGAAGCCGCUCGUCCCCCACUGGACAGAGGCGGAAACAGACAGAGCAGUGGGCAGAAGUGAAGACGACAAGGAUGUCAUCCCCGUGUGUCCCCCGUGCCGUCCCCCCGCUCUGCAAGGGCCGAGUUAGAGCUGGGAGCCGACGUCGGUCAGAACCCAAGCCGUGUCCUCGCCCUGCCACCGAGGCCAGCAAGUGACCUGGAUGUCAUCAUCUGAUGCAGGCGUGUCCCCCUGCCCUCUGACCACAUCCCUCAAGAGGUGGGCCCGUCUGCCUUUCCCACUGACCUGUCCCAGCACCCAGACGGGCCCUGGCACACAGUGGGUGCUCAAUAGAUAAGUCUCAAAGGAAUGAAUGAUGGCAGUCAGCUUUCAGCCUUGGAAGGAAGCUUCAACAUUCACUGAUUCAACCGGUAUUUCCUGAGCACCCGCAACGCUCCAGGCCCCAUUGUAGGUGCUGAGGACACUGCAGGAAAGAGAACAAACCAAGUUCCUGCCCUCACAGUGGAGGAGACGGACAAUAAGUGAGAAAAUCCAGAAAUAUUAAUAUGACAUAAUAUGUAUAACAUGACACCAGGUGCUGGUAAACGUUUCAGGAAGCAUUGUCAAACUGGACAAGGGGCUUAGAGAUGCUAAUUUAGAAAAAUGUUUGAAGAAGUCCUCUCUGAGAAGGUGACGCUUGAACAGACACCUGAAGUAGGGAAGCUGAGCAAAUACCCCAGGGAAGCAUACUCCAGGCAGAGGCAACAGCCAGUGCAAAGGCCCUGAGGCAGGAAUGAGCUACCUGGUGUGUGCUAUUUGCGACAUGGCAGCCGGGGAGGCAAGGGUUACACCAAGUUUCCCAGCUUCAGCAAAUCUACAGAACCCUUAACCGGCGGAAACAGUGGGGUGGGGGUGGGACGAGUUCUUCACCCUUAAGCUUCUCUGGAAAAACAUGAUGUCAGGGACAGACAGUAAAUCUUGACUUGUCCCAGAAAACAAUGGGCCCAUGAAACCAGUGUAGUGUCAGGCUGAGAGUAAACGGCUGGGUGCCGGGGCAGACGGAUCAUAUGGAAUUUGUUAACAGAUCUGCGCUGGAAAAAGAAUUUCCCAGUUAUGGGCAGAAGCUUCUGGCCAGCAUCAAAAAGAUGUUUAUUGUGGUGCCUCGAUGCAGACAUGAAAAAUGGAGAUUUGCUGCAUGCCCGAUGGGUUAACUGAAAAGAUAGGUUGUGGGACGGUGGAAUGUGUUGUACUGUCCCUUUUGGAAGGUCACUCAUUCGUUCAUUCACUCAGAAAAUAUUCACUACGGACCUACUGUGUUCUGGCAGUCUGCUGGGUGAGGGGGACAGAGGCACAGCUGUCCCCACCUCCUGGAACUCAUCACACAGAGGAGGCAGCAGACAGUGAUCAGGACAGGACACAAAUCCAUCACCACAGACUUGGAUGGGCACUAAGGAGAAAAGACACCUGGUGUGACGAGAGUGUGCCCAGACACCCAGUGUUGGGAAGAACAUGCGAGGAUCUGCUCCAAAAUGUGAAAGGGGGUGUCAGAGUUCAGGCGCCCCCACUUUCCUGCGUUCCCCUUCCUUUUGAUUGUCCCUAUGUUCUAGUUUUUUUUUAAAAUGUCCUGCUUUAUAAUUGGGUGAAUUAAAGAACACAAACAAAACCAAAAUGAACAGAGGAAUUGGACAUCAUGUGUCCAGAGAUGACUUAACACCAGGAAAAGAAGGAAGGGCACGCAGGAAGCCGCUAACCGAGCUUGCUUCCAGGAAGGGCAGCCAGAGGCAGGGGGUGGGGGCGGCCUCCUCUCAGUGGACACCCUCGGAGCCUUCUGAGCAUGCGUGCAUCCAAAAACAACAGCAAAGUGAGUAAAGAUAUUUUUGGGGGAAACUUCAAGUCAGGUUUUAUUUUCAUGAAAAAUGAAAAAGCAGGCAACUGCAGGACCUCACACAAAAAUGUUAACUGAGCCAAAUGUCCACGAAAUUCGUCGAGGGGUUCUCUCCGGGUGACCUUGC